AUGUCGAGGCUUUCCCUGUUCGCUCGCUCCAUUUACAACGGCCUAGCGAGUGGAGUGCCACGGAACAGCUUCCCCGGGGUCUCCUCGGUGGUGAAGCCGCCCCCCGGUACACAUACGCGGGUCGCGGUCGCCGGAAAGAAGGACCUGGUCGACCUGGUCCACCUGGAGGAAGACGAACUGGAGGAGCAGUUCGUAAGGGGUUCCGGACCCGGGGGGCAGGCCACCAACAAGACCAGCAACUGCGUGGUUCUGAAACACAUCCCCUCUGGGAUUGUCGUCAAGUGUCAUCAAACUAGAUCAGUGGACAUCAAUCGAAAGCGAGCGCGUGAAAUAAUGCAGCAAAAACUGGAUGUUUUCUACAAAGGAGAGCACAGCGACAUCCUGGUAAGAAAGAAAGAGGCUGAGGUCAAGAAGCAAGACAAACGCAGGAGAGUCAAAGAGAAUCUGGAGAGGAAGAGACUGUUCAAAGAAGGCCUCCAAGCCCAGACCACUCCAGGGAAGGACACUGUUUGAAAUCAAAAGCAUUAGGGAUCUUUUU